AUCCUUUCCGUCUCUAUGGAAACAACGGCUUUGAACAAGCCUCUACCAAUACCCGUUGGGCCUCACUCUAGCGAAUACGCAUGCGCUUAUAACAUAAGCGUGAACCAGGCAUUUUGUUGUAAAUUUAACGCUUGCGCUAAAGAGGUGGAAGAGAGUAGCGGCCGCGCGUGCGUAGUUCGUUUGACAGUGGAAAGGAGAAGAAUGUGGUGCUAGAUCGUGGCUGGAUGCAGUUUGAGUCGUGUCUGCGGCACGGAGGCUGAUUUAACUAAACGCGUUAACAUGGAGCGUGUCGUAUAUAAUCAGCUGCCUCAGCAAGUAGCUAAGCUUGUGAAUAUUCAGCCUCAGAAGCCAAAGGAAGCCGAAGCGUUUGUGAAAGCGUUCCUGAAGCGUAGCCUGACCCAGAAAAGCGAGGAGCACAUCGACGAUAUCUUAACCCGGAAAGCUGUCGUUCUUGAGCGCCUUCAGAAGAGGAGGAGACGGGAGAGAAAGACAAGAGGGAAAGGGCUCUCCGCCAAGCAAAGGAGGGAGAUGCGGCUCUUUGAAAUUAAACCGGAACACCAGAGGUACGAGAUGUUUUUACCUUUGCAUGAAUUAUGGAAGCAAUAUACCCGGGACCUUUGCAAUGGACUCAAGCCAGAAGCACAGCCACAGAUGAUUCAGACCAAACUGCUAAAAGCGGAUCUGCACGGUGCCCUUGUUACAGUGACAAAAUCGAAAUGUCCCUCCUAUGUCGGUAUUACGGGUAUAAUCGUUCAGGAAAUGAAGCACGUUUUCAAAAUCAUUACAAACGAAGACCGACUGAAAGUCAUUCCCAAGCUUAACAAUGUCUUCAGCAUGGAGAUCGAUGGCUUUGUAUCCUAUAUCUUUGGCAGCAAGAUCCAGUUCAGAGCCAGUGAACGUUCUGCAAAGAAGUUUAAAGCCAAAGGGACUAUUGAUCUGUAACUAGUUUUGAAAUACAGAGACUUGGUUACCACUGACGGGCGACGGGGAGCGUUGAUCACAGCAUAUAAACUACCGUGAAACUGGCCAUAACACCCAAAAUAUCUUUGCUGUGUUACGUGAAGUACGAAUACACCUUGGUUGUAACAUACAUAAAUGUUCCUGUGUUUUAA